ACUUAGUUUCUGCUAUCUUAUCGGUAAUGUCUUUAUGAACAUUCUAAUGUAAUUGUAUUUUUGUUAAAUGUCCACACAUUUCCUCAUUUAUUACAUCUAACUACACACGAAAUAGCGCAGAAAAAAUACAACACAGGAAUCUCUCGCGAAUGGUCAUGGAAUGAAAAGAGGUUAGAUGUGGUUGGAGGAUGAUUUCAUCAAAAAGACAUGUGACAUCAAUGGUAUAAUCUUGAAGUAACUUCCAAAAUUAUUAAGAAAAGAUUUACGUUUAUAGUUUCUGACUGGCAGACAACACUAUGGAGGAAACCGCAUGUAAGAGUGAGGUUCCUAAUGAAACAGACACUCAUAAGAAAGAUUUAUCUCCUAAGAUGCAGAUUGAGGCAGUGAAGAAAUCACACACUUGCGAUGUGUGCUUCAAGCUCUUCAAUGACAUUGAAAGUUUGACAAAUCACAAAUAUAUCCACAUAGAUAAAAAGCCGUACAAGUGUGACACCUGUGAUAAAACAUUCUCACGGAAAACUAAAUUAACUCUCCAUGAACUUACACAUGUGAGUGAAAGCCCAAGCUAUUGUGAUGUCUGUGGCAAAACAUUCUUGUCAUUAGACAGUUUAUGUAAUCAUAAAUGUAUCUCGCCAGAGAUUAAGGUGUACCAUUGUGAUAUCUGUGGUAAGAAAUUUUCUAAAAGUAAGAUGUUAGCUAGCCAUAAGUGCACUCACACCGAUGAGAAACCAUACGAAUGUGAUAUCUGUGGUAAGGUGUUCUCUAAACUUGUGAGUUUAAAUUAUCACAAACAUAUUCACUCAGGAGAGAAACCAUUCAAAUGUGAUAGCUGUAGUAGUGCAUUUUCUCGGAAAGAAUACUUGAAACGUCACAGGCGUAUUCAUACUGGGGAAAAGCCAUAUGAAUGUGACAUCUGUGGUAAAUCAUUCUCUGGUAGUGCAAAUCUAACUUGUCAUAAGCGCAAACAUACAGGUGAAAAACCAUACGAGUGUAAUAUCUGUGGUAAAACAUUCUCGACAACUGGAAAUUUAUCUUGCCAUAAACGUAUUCAUUCGGAUAAGAAGCCAUACAAGUGUGAUAUCUGUGGUAAAGCAUUCUCUCAAAGUGGACACUUAACUAAUCAUCAAACUGUUCACACAGGUGAGAAACCAUUCAGCUGUGAUUUCUGCGGUAAAACAUUUUCAAUUACUGGAGAUUUAACUCGUCACAGACGCAUUCACACUGUUGAGAGACCUUUCCCGUGUGAUGUCUGUGAUAAAAAGUUCACAACCAAUGAACAUUUAGCUUCUCAUAAACUUAUUCACUCAGAGAAAUCUCAUGAGUGUGAUGUCUGUAGUAAGAUAUUCUCAAGGAAAAGAUAUUUAAUUAGGCACAAACGUAUCCACAAUAAGAAGAAACCUUACAACUGUGAUAUCUGUGGUAAAUCAUUCCCUAUCCAUGCAGAUUUUGCUAUUCACAAGCAUGUUCACACUGGUCAGAAAUUGCACAAGUGUGAUAUCUGUAAUAAAGUAUUUGCGCAGAAGAGGUAUUUACUUAGGCACAGACGUACUCAUAAAGGUGAGGAGUCUUACCAAAGUAAUGAUGUCUCUGGUGAAAAAUUAACUGAAACUGAAAAUUCAACACCUCUUAAUAAAGAUACUCCCACAGACAACUCAAACCAGUGUGAUGUCUGUGGUAAAGUAUUUGCACUGAAGAGAUAUUUAAUUAGGCACAAACACAUUCACACAAAGGAUUACCAUUGUGACAUAUGUGGUAAAACAUUCUCUCGAAAUUACUAUUUGGUGCUUCAUAAACGUACUCACAAUGGAGAAAAACCAUAUUCUUGUGAUAUUUGUGGUAAGACAUUCUCUACAAGUAACAUUUUAACAGAGCAUAAAUGUAUUCACGCAAAUGAACAACCAUACCAAAAUGAUGUCUAUUGUAACCAAUUCUCACAUAACAAUACUAUAGAUACCCACCAUCAGAAAAGUAAAGAAUUCUUUAGUGCACCACAAAGCCUGGAAGCUCCCAUGCCUCCCAAACUGCAGCAGAGUCAUUUGGUUCCUUGCCAAGAGAAUUCAUGGAAUCCUCCACCUCACCAAUAUACAACACACCCGCUGUAAAAACUUCUACAUUUGUUGUGUGUAUCAUUUCAAGUUCUACACUGACCUCAACAAAUCUCCUUCAUGAUGCCUCCUAUUUCACCACCACAAAUACAACCGUUUUAAAAAGAAACACUUGUGCAGAUGAAUCCAGCCAUCAUUCUUGAAAUUUCUCCAUGUAGCAACAUCCAUGUUCAAACUAAACACCUCACAUCGGGAUUCAUGAAAGCAUCAUUAACCCUUUCGUUACCAACCUGGCUGCAACCGGCUCUGGCUCUGUUGUACAAAUGUUUUGUUUUCAUAAGUUUUGAAUUAAAAUCUUCUACCAAACCUUA